UCCAGAUUCCGGACAACCACAUGGCUCAUGUUCAUUGAUUUACUAAACAUUGUAAACAAGUAGUAGUAGAAAGUCGGUCACUCACAGUUGUCCCUUUCAUUCUUUCACGAUGUCGGAACCAAAUAACAACCAAGUAAAAUACACAAUCCCAGAAUUGAUUAUAAAGAAGCGAAAUGGACAAAAAUUGUCAAAGGACGAGAUAGAAUUUUUUGUGCAAUCUGUAGUGAAUGGGCAUGUCCAAGAAUCCCAGAUCGGGGCCAUGCUGAUGGCUAUGUAUCUGAAGGAACUAAACAUUGAAGAAACAACCAAUCUGACGCGAUCCAUGAUGGAAUCAGGAGAUAUGCUUAUGUGGCCAAAGGAACUUAGAGGCAAGUUGGUAGACAAACACAGUACCGGUGGAGUAGGUGACAAAAUAAGUCUGGUAUUGGCACCAGCUUUAGCAGCAUGUGGAAUGAAGGUGCCAAUGAUUUCUGGACGAGGACUGGGUCACACUGGGGGAACUCUUGACAAACUUGAAGCUAUCCCAGGAUUCAUUGUUUGUAUCGACCAAUCACGGAUGCAGGAGAUAAUUGACAGUGUCGGCUGCUGCAUUGUGGGACAAACAAAAUCAUUAGUACCAGCAGACAAGAUUUUUUAUGCAACUCGUGAUGUAACAGGGACCAUUGAUGACACAUCUUUAAUAGCAGCUUCUAUAAUUUCCAAGAAAGCCGCAGAACAGGUUGGGGCUUUAGUUCUAGAUGUUAAAUGUGGAAAGGGAUCCUUUAACAAAACAGAGACAGCAGCCCGAGAACUAGCUUCGAAAAUGGUUAACAUUGGAAAUGGACUUGGGGUAAAGACAGUUGCAUUAAUUACAAAAAUGGAUUCGCCUAUAGGGAAUGCUAUUGGAAAUGCGCUUGAAGUUGUCGAAGCAAUUGAAUGUCUCCAUGACAACGGACCUGAUGAUAUUAUGGAUCUUGUGUAUAGUUUAGGAGCACAAGUAUUGCAUCAGAAUUGUAAGACACUCUCCAUAACAGAAGCACGCCACCAAAUGAUUGACAUCAUAUCUUCUGGUGCUGCAUUAAAAAAGUUCAGAGACAUGAUUGUUGCCCAAGGAGUCUCAGAACCAAUUGCAGAUAGCCUCUGUGCGCCUGGAGCGGAUAUGUUCAAGAUUCUACCAAAAGCUCAAAAUGUUACUGCAAUAAUUUGCAAGAAAGAAGGUUCAGUUUUGGAAAUUGAUUCUUUGAGAUGUGCCGAAAUCAGCGGAAGACUAGGAGCAGGAAGAUUCAAGUCAUCGGAUCCUAUUAAUUAUGCAGUAGGAUUGGAACUGUGUGUACAUGUUGGAAGCAAAGUUAAAGAAGGACAAACUUGGUUGAAGAUUCAUCAUGAUGCACCACUUCAGAAGGAGCUGAUUGAAAAUAUUGAUUCCAUUCUUUCAGUGGUACCACCAGGUGAAGUUGUCGUAAAUGGAUCAAGAAUUAUUGAUGUUGUCUCUUAAAUUGGACAUUUCUACACAAUUGGAAAGCCAUGCACUUGGUUUUCUGGUUCAACUAUAAAAUAGCCUACUUAAUUAGGCUUGAACAAUGAUACAUGAUGAUACAUACCCUAUGGGUCGUGGCUCAUUGUUUGAGAGUGUGUUGACAAAUUGUGACUUUAAAAUAUAAAUGUAACUUUGGAAAGAAAUUGUGUUUGAAAAAAUGUAUUUUAGUCACUAUGGCAACCAUUUUGUAUCACAUACCUGUAAAUUACACAAGUCUUACGGUAUAACGGAACAGAAAGGAAAAAAGGAGAGAUUGUGCUAUUCAUUUUUAUAUAAAAUUUACCAUAUGUUUGAACUUUGAAAGAGAGGGAACUGCUUACUUCUUUCGUGACAGCAACCAUAUAAGUAAGAGAUCUGUAAAAUAUAAUGAGAAAAUUAUUUUUAAAAUGAACUUUGAAGCAAUAUUUGUUGAUAGUAUAGCAUUUGUUUAAUCCAACUAAACAUGCAAACUUAUUUCCAACUGUUUUUAUUCUUUUAAAAGAAUUGGCUUCAACUUUUUAUAACAUAACUUAAAUCUUUAGCUAAAUAUUUAAAAUGGUACUGGUCUAUGUACAAGAGUACUCCAUUUGAGAACUUUAAAACGUUCGUUGGUUCGACCAUGGGUCAGACAAAUAAGUAUCUGCAUUUAUAUACAUGUAUAAAGGGAAUCUGGUAAAUGGUUAAAUGAUUUAAAGGGAUAAUCUAAUCUAAUCAAAACAUGGGAUAGAUAAGUUACAUAAAGGGUUAAAGGGAUUUUUUUUUUUAAUAAAAUCUAAAUUUCUCGGAAAAGUUUUAUUAAUUAUAAAUGAAACUUUUUUUAUGAAGACACACUAUAACUCUUUGACAGAAUUUAAUUUAUCUAUUGCUAUUUUGAUUAUUAUGUACAUAGUCUAACAUUUUGUAUUUAUUGUAUAUAAGAUACACAAAAUAGGGCAACAUAUUUUUUUAUAUGUUUUGUUUUAUUCACAUUAUCAAACAAAAUACAUAAAUAAUAUUUCACAUUUAAAUGAUUCAAUGCAAGUUAAUGUUUUACAUUCGUUGUUCGUACAUAAUUUUUGUUUGCUCGCUCGUAUUUUUGUUUGGUGUGUAAUUUGUGUACUGUUCAUCAUUGUUCAUAUUACUUUUAAGAGAAUCAUUUAGUUUAAUUUUAACUUUUAGGUGUUGAAAUCUUUUGUUUUUUAGUCAAAACUGUAUCAUAUCAAAUCUUCAGUUUUAAGUUAAACCAAAUAGGGGGGACAUUUCAUCAGUUUGAAUAGUUGCAUAAUAAACAUAUAUUUUAAUAUUCAUCUUCAUCAAUAAGGUUCUGUUUAUCAUUCCGGUUGCUAGUCUCUUUUGGAAAGUUCUCGAAACUAAUUUUCCUCAACAUAUCCAUAAAUAUAACAAAAGGGAGAUAACUCACAAUUGUAUAUUGCAAACUACAGAUCUUUUUAGCUAUUAAAGAUUUGUUUUUAUUAUAUUUAACGCAUUUUUAAUAGUUCAAAAUUGCAGCUUUGACGAAUUAGGAUGAAUUUGUUAAUUGCUUUAAUUGUAUUGGGGACGAAAGUAACAUAUUCAGAACAUUUUUUUUAGAAAGCAAAGUAUGCUAAAUAUUAACAUAAUAUUUUUUUUUAUAUUUCUAACAUUUUAAAAACUUCUGUCAGUACGUUUCCAGAGAGUUCAUUUGUUUAUAUACUUACUCUGCCCGACUUUAAUUGUUGUAACUCUUUUGGGGAGACAGAAUCUCAGCAGUAUGUGUAAAAUGUAGCAUUACCUGAAUUCUGAUUCUUUCAGACGUUUUUAUUAUAUGUUUGGUUUUGGGAUCUUAUUUAUUUAUUAUGUCAAACAUAUUCCGAAAGAAGGAAACGGCAUUUUAAUAUUUAAAAUUGCAACAUGACAUUGUAUAUAUUAUGUAAAUAUGUAUUGUUUUGUGGAAACAUAUUAUGUUCACUUUUAUAAUAAACACUUUAUGCGUCUUAA